UAGCAUCAUCAUCAUCAACAUGGCUGCCGCAGGCCAAAAACCCCACGUCAGCGCAGUUUGUCCUCGUUCCUACCAAGACGAGAGCUAUCUGCACGGGUUUCUUGGAACUGUGGGCGACUUACAAAAGGAUGGGGCAUUUCAGGAUGUUGUCCUUGAAGUCGAGGGCCGGCGGUUUCCCUGCCAUCGGCUUGUUCUGUCCGCGGCCAGCCCCUACUUCAGGGCCAUGUUUACAAGUGACAUGGCGGAAAGUCGUCAGAAGACGGUUGUUUUACAGGGUUUAGAGGCGGGUAUGUUUGGGGAUAUCCUGAGUUACAUCUACUCGGGAACCCUCAGAUUGUCCCUGGACAAAGUGCAGCCCCUGUACCAGGCAGCUGACCUCCUCCAACUGGACUAUGUGAGAGACACCUGCAGCAGCUACAUGGCCAUGAAUGUGGAGUGCUCCACCUGUGUGGACCUGUACAAGUUUGCUGAUGUCUUCUCUGUAGACAUUGUCCGGAAACGCUGUUUGCAGUGGAUUGCCAAACACUUUACUGAGAUUGCCUCCAGCGAGGAUUUUUGCAGCCUGGGUGUGAAUCAGCUGACUGAGAUCAUCAGCAACGAUGAGCUGGACGUUAAAGAGGAGACAACAGUGUGGGAGGCUGUGGUGAGAUGGGUGCAGCACAGCAGGGAGGACAGACUGCAUCACCUACCCAGCAUCCUCCCUCACAUCCGCUUUAACCUGCUGACCUCAGACGACACGGCAGCCAUCUUGGAUCACCCCCUGGUCAGGGAGAAUCCUGGGAGUUCUACGUUCAUCGGGAAUGUGGUACAGAAAGGGAACCCCAACCUGAAGCCAAGGCUUGGGAUGACCACAGAGAUGGCUAUUCUGUCAAAUGCUUUUACCAAAGAGCUCCUCUUCAUGAACCCUCGGGAAGGGAAGUACAUCAGCUGCAACAGGCCCGAAGACUUUCCUCGUGACAAAAACGUGACCGUCACCAGUGGCAACAACAUCUACAUCCUGACUCGUGACCAAGAGAGUAACGAACCAUUGUCUGUUUAUAAGUACAACCAUGCGGGGAGUGUGUGGGAAGAUGCUGGUAUGUCCUCAAUAUCUAGGUGGCAGAGACAUGAAAUUGAUUUUACAUGGUAUAAUGAGUACCUCUUUGAAGUUGAUCAGAUUCUAUACUAUCUUGCUGCCGAUGUAAGGGAAGACAGUGGGUUGGUGUGGAUGUGGAAGUGCAACCGGCACACGGACCACUGGCAGGAGUGUUCACAGCUGCAACUUCGAUAUCAAUACAUCAAAAAGAAAACUCCAUACAUGUACAGUGCAGCCUUGUCCUGCAGUUCACAACUCUAUUUCCUCACCAGCGCCGAAGUACAUUGCUACAAUCCAAGUCAGAAUCGCUGGUUCGAGCGGACCCCACCAAUGAUCAUUGAUCAAGUCUGCACAGCAGUUGCCAUGGGAACAGAGAUUUUCUGCACAGAUUUUCACAACACCCAGACUCUGUUGUACGACACAGAGUCAGACUGCUGGCAGAAACUGCAAGGCUGGCCGAAUCCAGGAAACCAUGUUUAUAACCAUCCCUAUCUUUUUGUAAUGGAGAACCAGCUGCACAUAUGGUUUAGCUGUCGUAUUGAUGAGGAUGAUAUUGAGGAAAAAGAACACCUGGUAUAUGUGUAUGACAGGUCUGCUGGCGCCUGGACAGAUCUGAAGGCUGUCCUGCCAAGUAAUUGUUAUGUAGCACGUAGUUCUCACUGCCCUGUGGCACGUAUAUACCUGCCAUAUCUUAAGGGGGAAUAAAACACGUCACUUCUGAAGCUUAGCAGCAUUGAUAUACAAGAUAAGGACACACAGGGCAGGAUUGAUCAACAAUGUUUUGUGUAUAUCUCGUGUUAUGUCGAAUGCGCCUACAAUGGUGUAGCUAUUGUGUUAUAUUUUUUUUAUUUGGGUAAAUAUUACAGAACAGAAAGGGUUUCUUCUAUCUUUUAGAUCGGGGACAUAUUUCUAUAACAGAUUGCAAUAAUGUCCGUGUCUUAACGUCCGAUUUGAGCAGUGAUUACCCAACAUCAUUAACCAGGCACCAGCCUGAUUUACUGGGUCUCUCAUACUACCAACUCACCUGCUCACUAACAACCCUGGUUGAGUACCUUAAACCCCCUGGCCAGGAUAUCAUAUACCCUUUAUGAAACUUUUA